AUGGUGGUGUUUGCUGUGGAAUCUGGAUCAUCUGGGGAUGCUCCAAUCCAACCUACAGAGUCCCAGAGGGCAACUUAUGGUGUCCUUUGGGUGACGGGUGUAUCUCUGGAGGCCAUCUGUUGGCUCUGGAAGAUGGUGGCUGAAGAGGGUAUCCUUUGCAUUGGGCAUCUGAGCAUGUUCUUUUUGUCUGCCGAGACUGCCCACCCAUCUCUGGACGGACCACCUCUGGUCCCCCACCUGAGUGACCACGACCAGUACCAGAUAACACUGUCAUGGUUACCUCUCGCUCUUCCCAGCAAUGACCGGCACAACACUUACUUUGCUUACACUCUAUGUUUCAGGUAUCACAAGAAAAACAACUGUGAAAUAUGUGGACAGCCAUUUACCACAAAACGAGCAUUAAUACGCCAUUGUCGUAUAGAACAUAAGACACUGCCUCAAAAUGUUACUAUAGACCGGAAGUAUAAAUGUGAAAAGUGUGACCGCAUCUUUAAUAGACCUUCAAUGCUACGACAUCAUUUGCAGUUACAUGGAGGUGUGAAGCCUCUGGAGUGUCGUCUGUGCAACAAGCAGUUCAGUCAUAGGCGGAGCCUUCGCAAGCACAUGAGCAGUACUAUACAUGAGCAUAUGCUUCUCACCAAUAAUUUGCAAAAAGAUCAUGCAUAUGAUCUCAAACAAAAUUUUGCUUUUGUUUGUGAAUAUUGUGGAAUCAAGUUGCCUACAAGACAUAUGCUGUCAAAGCAUAGUCGUUUAGCACAUGAGGUUGGUAUUAUCUGGAGUUGCCCUCAUUGUGAAUACAAGACAAAACGUAAUCAUGUUUUUGAAAGACACAUGGAGCUCCAUUUAGAGAGUCGUUUAAAUUUCAUGUGUGAGGUAUGUGGCAGUUCUUUUCACACGCUUGCUACCCUUAAGGAUCAUCACAGCUUCGUACACUCAGAUGAACGCAACUUCAAGUGCUCUCAGUGUAAUAAAAGUUUUAAGAAUAAAUCUUCCUUAGCACGUCAUUCUCGCACGCAUUCUGAUGACAGGCCAUAUCAGUGUCACUGCGGAGCAAGCUAUAAGAGACUCUCUCAUUUAAAACGACAUAUUUUCUCAGCACACAAUGAAAUCUUAAAAUCAAGAGCAGUGAAAAAGUUCAUGCGGACUGAGGAAACAAAAACAAUACAGAACAAUCUUUUGACAGGCAAGAUCCAACACGUCCUACAGAAUUUUCAGAUGGUGAAGAAUUUGAAUUUGUAUCUGUGUCUAAUUCUUCUUAUCCCCAGUAAUACAAACAGAAACUUCAGUAAAAAGUGCUUUGACGUGCUUCUCCCAGCACAGGAAAGCAUUAUUCUAAUGGGUGAGAGCUCUAAUUCAGAACAGGGGCACCUCAUUGCAGUUGCAGAUUCACAGAUCAUUCAGCUCAUACCUUCUACAUUUCAGUUCCCUCAGGAAAAUACUUUUUCAAGCAGUCUCUCUUGUUUCUGCUAG